AUGUCGAGCCGUGUCAGCCGGAACACGUUUGAGGACCGCGAGUAUCUCGCGCCCGGUGCCCGUCCACGGCCGCGUUCCGAGGCGGGCUACUAUGAUCGGCGUGAAGAACGUCAACCGGAGUUCCGAAGCCCAUCUCGUGGCGGACGGAUGCGCGAGGUCGACCAGGUCGAUGUGCGUGUCCGCGAGCGCUCACGCGAGCGGGAGCGGGACCGAGACCCGUUUGCUCGAUACCAUGAAGAUCGUCGUGCCGAGAACGGCGCCAUGGUGCUUCGCCAGCGGGAAAUCGAGACGGUUGAGCGCGAGCGGCCUCGAGCACGAGCAGCUUCGCCGGCUUCUGUGCGCAUCAUCCGCCGGCGCUCAAUGUCUCGCUCGCCGUCACCUCCGGAGCGAGAAAUGAACCGGGUCGAGAUUCGCGACCGUGUCAAUGACCGUGAGCGAGACCGGUAUCGCGCUCCGGAAGAGGAGCGAGUCGUCACCCGCAUUGUGCAGAGGGAGCGUGAGCGCACGCCCUCGUCGUCGCCCGAGCCGCGAGAGCGCAUCCGCAUCUUCGAGCAGACCCGGUCUCGCGCUCCUUCGCCCAGCCCAUCGCCGCCUCCUGCUCCAGUAGCAGCUCCUCCGGUCAUCCGGGGUCCCGUGGUCGAGCGCGAGGUCAUCACCCACUACACGGACGUCGAUCACGGUGUCGUCUAUGCGCCGCUUGUUCCACCGCCUCCGGCGGCUGAGCCGGCACGCCGGCGUGACGUGGACAUUGACGUCUUCACGUCGCACAAUGAAACCCGCGUGGACAUUUCCGAGAAGAAGCCGCGUGAGCGUCGCUCGUCGCGGCCGCCCCCGCCUUCGAGCCAGAGAGGCUCCCGAGGCGAGCUCGUCGUGCAGUCCGAACGCAACCGGCUGGAGAUUGACUAUGACGAUCGCCGGCCCAACCGUUCUCACUCGGCCGCGCCGCCACGCCCAUCACGCUACUCUGACGAGGUCGAUGACGAGGCUGACUACGUCGAGUCGCGCAUCGACGAGCGUGGCCGCAUGGGCGAGGCUCGCAACGGUGCCACCCAGGAGUGGUCCAUCAUCGACGUGCCGCCCGGAACGGAGCGUGUCCGCUUGGACGGCGCUGGUGGUGGCGCUGCUGAAGUUACUUGGCAGCGCUAUAACGGCGUGAGACGCACGCGCUUCAUCCCGGACCGCCAGGAUGACGCAACGCCCGGACGGCGUGACCGUGAUCGUGACCGUGACCGCGAACGCGACCGCAGCAACAUCAACGUGCAGAUCCUAGACAACGGCCGCCAUCGCGACCGCGAAAUUGACAUCCAGCAGGUCAACGACGAUCGCGUCAUGGUGCGUGCACCUCAGCGCGACGAUAUGUGGACCGAGAUCACCAAGGAUCUCGUCAACAGAGAGGCCAUUGAGCGCCUCAACUACAAGUACACCGAGACGGACUACUUUUUCUACAUUCUCGAGUACCUACACCAUGACGACGUCCAGAAGCUCGUGAAGCUGACUGAGCGCAUCCGGCGCAACCGGCGGCACACUCGGCCGUACUCUCGUGACGAGAUCGACAUUGAUGUGCGCCAACGGAAACGCAGCCGCAGCCGUCCGCGACGCCGCCACGACGACGUGCGUGAGCAGGAGAUCAUUGUAGACCACCAGCCUGCGCGCACCUAUUACCGCUAA